UUCAGACUGUGGGCAGAAGGCAGAGGAAGCCUCCAGAGACUCCUUCCUUGAUGCUAGAGUUUCCUCCUGUCCCCCCCAAAAACAUCCAUUUGCAACAAGAUGUCCGAGUAUGGAAGAGCUUGGCAGGUUGUGCGUCUGCCUUCAAAGAAGAUGAAUUUGGUUUAUUCCGUGAUGACACAGAUAAUUCUGAUCCUUGCUUGUUUUUACAAAGGUACACUGAGCCAAAAAGUACCAGGUUACAAUCUGGAAGUGCCUCGGUCUGUCAUUGUGCAGCGGAACAGCUCUGUUCACAUUCACUGCCAAUUCACUUAUAAUGCUAGAGACAAUUACUGGGAUGAGAAGCUUUUCGCCUACUGGUUUAAAGUCCAGGAAGGAGCUUGUUUGAACCACAGACCCUGCCUUCCAGGUUUGCUUGUGGCUACCACUGAUGGUAGGAGGACCGUUGCAACAUCUGCUAAGGGCCGUUUCCACUUAACAGGAGAUCCAAACCAAGGCUACUGCUCUUUUGUCAUUGUGGAUGCCCAAGCAGAAGACAAGGGACGGUACUACCUCAGAAUUGAGGGAGAGAGAUACUUGAAGUUCAGUUAUUUCUCUAAAAAUGGUUAUAUUUCACCUUACGUUUUUGUGACAGAUCACUGUCAGGAUAUUCAAAUCACAUGGACCAUAGAAAGGCCUGGAUCGUUCCCCGUACAAGAAACCUUGGGCCCGGUGGUGGCCCAAGAAGGUGAUACUGUCACACUGUACUGUGUGGAUGCGAGCAGAACAAAUCCCAACCUGAUCUGGACAAAGGGAAAGAACAGCAAUGGCAUCCUCAAGCAGGGCAGAGAGCAUGUGAUUUCCCAGAUCAAACCAGAAGAUGCCGGGGAGUAUCAGUGCCAGGGAGAAUAUCAGUGUGGUUUAGCCAGCAAAACCAUCCUUGUGACUGUUCAGUAUAAACCGAAGACAGUGACAUUCAACAUCUCUCAGAUUUCCAGAAGACACACCAUACUUACUCAAGGUUUCCUCCAGGAGGUGGUAAGUGGCUCCGGAUUAAUGGCUCAGGAAGGCGAGUCAUUACGGCUGUGGUGUAAGGUGGACAGCAACCCUUCUGUCAGUAUACGUUGGAUCAAGCCAGAUGGAAAGUCCUCAAAGGAAUAUGCUGAUAACUCAUUGGAACUGACUGAAUUGACAGUUGAAGAUGAGGGUGAAUACAGGUGCCAGGCUGAGAACUUCCUAGGCUCUACUCAGGGGACCUUCCAACUCUAUGUAGGAUAUGCCCCAAAGCUCAAGGAAGACCCCCAAAGAAAUACUACAUGUUGGUAUCAGGACAAUGGCUUCCUCUGCAACUGUUCCCUCAAAGCCCAGCCUCCACCUCAGAUCCAGUGGCAAGUGGAUGGGGAAAGUAUAACUGAGACGAACCACAAAAGGAACCAGAUGGUCACUUCCGUAGCCCAGGGGAAUGAGGUCACCAGCACCCUCAACUGGACAGGCAAUCUGGAGGUGGACCACAAUAUCAUAUGCAUUGGAAACAAUUCUUUUGGAAUCUACAGAAUACAGCUCCUUCUCAGUGUCUUGAGAGACUCCACAGAUUCUUCCAUAGAAAGCCAUACAACUAUGAUUAUUUCUGGGCUGUUUGGAAUCUUGCUGGGAGCCAGUUUCUUCAUGCUAGGCCUGUUUUUGCUCAAGUUUUAUAAGAGGAAAGCAUCACCAAAGGCAGGCUGCAACGAGGCCGUGGACUCUGCAAAUGUUGGAUACCAGAAAGCCAGCAGCAAUAGCCUAAUCUACAGCAACAUUUUACCUGUGGGUCGAAGAACCCCCCAUGUCGGUCCCCCCAAAACAGCUGGACAGAAAAAUGUGAAACCAGACCAGAUUUCUAAAGUUGCUGAUCUGACUACUGAUGAAUCAGAUGGGCUGCACUAUGCAGCCUUGGAGUUUAAGUUGAACAAAACAGCCACUCCAAUUGAAGAGGAGGAAUCAGUGGAAUAUUCAGCAGUCAAACGGAAAUAAAGAUCUUAUUCUUAAGCGAACUAGAACAUUGGGAACAGGCCCUGUGAUGAGAAGAAGUCGCUUGGAUGACUAUACAAAGCUUGAAAGAACUGAAUCAUUCUCAGCAGGAAAUGGGCAUGGGACCUGAAUGUGAGUUGGUUGAGAAGACUAAGCAAUCUCUGGCUUCUUUGUCCUCCAAGAAACCAUUACCUCCCCAGUACUUCUGAACAGGGCAGGCAAAACGAUAGAGCAUACCAGUCAGGCAAGUAGUGUCCAUUAUGGAAACCCCACCUUUCUCAGCCUGGUCUCCAUGGCCCUCUUAGCAAGGGAGAAGGAACCAGAAGGAGGAGAUGUUGAGGGUCUUAGCUAAUCAUCUUAUCAACAGUAAGCUAAAUGGUUCGACUCCUUAUUUGUAAACCUUCUUCUCUUCUCAAAGCAACUGGUCAAACUAAUGUGGUGUUCACUGAUAUGGAGAAGACUGCCAGUAAGUGAAUGUUUACUAUUUGGUAGGAAAAGGAUGGGCAAAGUGGGCCAUAUAUGGCUCCAAGGGCCACCCAGGAGUCUUUUUUUUAAUGCACCAAAAUGACCUCUGGGGUGUGUGGGGGGCAUUUCCGCCAUGUUUUGGGCCCUCCCUGGGCCAUUAUAUGCUCAGGAGGAACCUUUUUUUGGAAGCAGCAAGUGAACAGGCAGUUACUUUUGCUCACUUCUUCUUAAAGCAAGGCUCUAAGAUGGCCCCAAGUCCAGGAAGGCCCAAAGUCAUAGAAGAGGUCUCCAAGGUGCUGAACCUAGUUUGAGGCUAAAGCACAGCACACUGGAGAGCACUUUCGACCUUCAGGUUAGAACCUGGGGUGGAUUCACCAGCCAGUGACAAAUAUGCCACCACCCUUACUUCUGCCCUGUUACUUUGGUUUCAUUCACUCAUUGGUGGUAUCAAGAUUUGGACUGGUUCCUCAUCGAUCACUCUUAGGAAAUCUAACCUACGAAACUGUGGUCACUGGAACAGUAUGAGAACAGGAUAUCUCUACAACCCUUCUUUAAAAAUGAGGAAGUUCAAAGCAUGCAAAAAUAGUUCAGGAAUUUCUACAAGAUGAGGAAGGUUCCAUUUGAGACACCCUCCCAGUCAUGAGUCUUUUAAAAAUCAGAAAAAGAAAUGUGUAUUUGCGCUUUCCUGCUUCGAAGCAGGGAUCUUGAAGGAUACUCCCAAACAGUUGCAGAUAUCCUAAGGCACUCAUUACUAGAGAUGCCCUUUUCUCAACUGAUUAUUAGAAACAUUAGAUGAUAAGGCAUUUGUAUAUCUUAAAGCAAACAUUUACCUUACAUGAAAGGCCUUUACUCCAGACCAAGUCCAUGAGAGUACAAUGUCCCCUGGAAGAGAUCUGUUGUUUUCUCACACACACUUGCCUUGAGAUAAGGGGCAUACUUAGUAGGAGCAGGCAUAGUUAUUCCUAUACAGGUUCAGUAUACACCUUAUACACAUAGUCUGAAGGUAAUUUUAUUCACAAUAUUUUAAAUCAUUUUGUGCAUGAAAUAAUGCUUUCUGAACCACCAGAAAGCAAAGGGGUCACUAUUUCAGACAUCCAUGUGGACAAUUUUAGAUUUUGGAUUCAGGUAUGGGAUAUGCAAUAUGUAUAACGGUUUAUGGUUUAAAUAAAGUGGGCCAAGUGGAGAUUGCAAAUUUGGGGCAUUCUUUUUAACCAGAAAACUGCCAAUGUCAACUAAAACCCUGCCUCAGAUGUGGUAGUUUACCUCCCCAGAGCCCCCGUCAAAACAACCAUCAGAACCAGCCCUCCAUCACCUCUCUGUAACCCAAACAUCAAUUUAAUAUCAGACAGGAUGUUUUAGACCAAACAAGAGCUUCUCAGCACAGCCAACCAGCUAUACCAGGUUGAACUGGACACUACAAAAUGGGAGAAGCCCAAGGCACUCAGCCCAUGAUAGGAUCUCUCAAGAUCAGAAUCUGCAUAAUCUGCAUAAUGCUGGGAACUGGAUAGAUUAGAUGGAUAAAGGUUCAUGCAGGAGGGAUGAAGGCUUCAUAUUUGAUGACAUAGCAGUGGGACAGGAGGAGGUCUUUGCAUUUGGUGGCAGUGGUGGGACAGCUAGACAAUCUUCACAGUUGGUGGCAGCAGUGAGAUUAGUGGAAGCCCUCACCUCAUCCGAAAUGUGGCCUACUGGAUGGGCAUGUAGGGGAGGAAAUGUGCCCCAAACCCUUCACACCUGUCCACUCCUGAUUUAAACAACAUUUUGUAUUUGUGUGUCAUAUGUGUGUAUAUCUACCUAUUCUGUUCUCUUCCCCAGACUCUUGAUAAUAAAAUGGGUUAUA